CAGACGCGGACAACGUCACUGAACCGAAGCGAGACAAGAAAAAAACACCAAAAAAGAAAACUUGAGGUUCGGCCGCCAAUAGCAGAGCAGAGUGCGGGGCUUCCCGCUCCACUGUCCGCCCCGCAGAGGUAUUUAUGCGGGAGGGGGGCAGCAGGUGCAUCACUCCAGGCUGCAGGGUCAACACGAGAAGAGGUGUCUCCAAACUGAAGAGGCUCUGAAGAUGCAGCAGAAAGACUGAAGAAUGCAGAGAACUCCAGGAAAAAGGAAAUCUGGUCCCUUUGAGGGACAAAAUCAUGUCAGCGAGGUCACUUACAAGCGUUUCAAAAAGGGGAUCAUCCAGAAGCUGACCAGAAAGGGUCCUGCUGCAAGUACACCUAUGGCCACUAGGGGUCAGUAUGACCCCAGGUUCGACCUUGCUGAAGUCUGUCAGAGGCUGGACCUGGAAACUCAACAGAGCCACCAGGAACCAGAACAUGAAGUCCAGCAAGGAAAUAGUGAUGCAAUUCCACAUAUGAGAGACUGCAGGGAGGCCGUAAACCCACCAAGGACGCCUUUUUCCAAAAGCAAAGAGACGGAUAACAAAGGGAAUUCCACGGAGCAGGGGGGUAAGUUGGUGUGGAGGGCAGCUGAAACUCUCAGGUACAGCAGGAAAGGCACAGCAGGGUCAGAGGUUAAAAAGCAGAGCUUGCAGCCUUUUGCUCUUCUAAAUAAAGACCAUCUGAGUCAACAUGGGCAAGUCGUAAUGAUGUUGGGAGCACCAUCGCUGCGGAAUGACUACUACUCUGAUCUUCUCGACUGUAACAGGAGAGGAAUAAUUGCCUUGGCGCUGGGCUCCUCUGUGUACCUUUGGAAUUCAGAGACUCGGGCCCUGGUGGGACUUUUGGAGCCAUGUCUAGCUCCAGAUGGUCCAAGCUCGGAAACUCUGUCCAUCUCGUGCCUGUGCUGGAGCAGAGACGGCAGAAUUCUCAGCAUUGGCAACAGGAGGGGUGAGAUACAGUUGUGGGAUGCUGACCGCAUGCAGACCGUGAGAUCUCAACAGUCACACUUGUCGGCAGUAGCAGCCCUCUCCUGGAAACAGGACGUACUCAGCAGUGGCUCUGUCCUGGGACGCGUCCACCACACAGAUGCUCGAGCUCCCGCUCAGCUGGUCGGUGCUGCUGAUCUGAAAGAGGAGAUCUGCAGCCUACAGUGGUCUCCAGGACAAGAAUGGAUGGCCAGUGGCUCCACAAACGGACUCCUUCAUAUUUGGGCCAAUGACAUCGGAGGGAUCAAAAAGUCCUGCCAGACUGUUGUGACAAUGAAGCAGCCCAGUGCCGUAAAGGCGAUGGGGUGGUGCCCAUGGCAGAGAGGGGUGAUAGCCACAGGAGGAGGUUGGAAGGAUGGAGAACUCAGAAUGUGGGACGCACAAUUAGGAACCUGUUUGAAUUCUGUCAGCACAAACUCACAGAUCUGUUGUCUUCGAUGGGCGGGAAAGAAGAGAUCUCUCAUAACGAGUCAUGGACUUCCACAUAACUCGGUCUCCUCUUGGACUUGGAAGUUUCCCUACCUCACCCAACUCUAUCAGCUUGCAGGUCAUUCUGGUCGAGUUCUGCACUUGGCCGUAAACUCUGAUGGCACUUGCAUCUUCUCUGCUGGAGCAGACCAGCGCCUCCACAUCUGGGAUCUUUAGUUCUCAGCAUCUUUCAAGGCGGAUGGUAAAUGUGUUUGUUUAUCAGACUUUAGUCAUGAGGUCAGACCAAACCUCAUCUUUAACAAAGAGAAUUUUUUUUCUGAUGCAAGUCAGUACGAGCAAACUGCAAAUUUGAGCUGUUUUGUUUUUAUUUUUUUUGUUUUUAGUGUUAAUGUAAGUGUUUCUGCAGAACCUACCAGAAUAUUUCUGAUGAUCAAUUUUCAACUGCAUUUAUUGGUUUCAAAAACUUGUUCUUUGAUAAUGAUUUUUAAAUCCUCAUGAAACAUGAUUAAAAUAUGUUUGAUAUCUUUUUUAUUCUACAUUUCAAACAUGACCUUAUGUCGUUUUUGUGCAUGUGGUUUUUUUUUAACCUCGUUUAGACAGUUUUGUGCUUUCUGUCUCAGUUUCACGUCUCAUUAUCUUGUUCAUCUUUGUGGUGAAGCUUUUGUGGAAUUUUCUUUUUAUUGUUGCACUUGCACAUUUGGGGUUGUGCAUUAUUAUUUGUACUUGUUUAUUUCUUUUAUUGUACUCGGACGAUUGCUGUAGUUGAGGUGUACUCUUCCCAACUAAUAAAUGUUUCAGAUUUUGUCACCUUUUUUUAAGCUAAAAUUGGAAAGUUUUUCAGUAUGAAAGCUGCUAUGUUUUGUUUAGGCUACUGGAUAUUUAGCUGAAAACUUUUACAAAGUUAAAAGCAGGUUGUGAGAUGCUGGUUUAUCAAAAACAAGUCAAUUUAAGAACAAAUAUAAGGGUGAGUUUUAAACUGCCAUUUAAUAUUUAUUUGAGAGCUAGUGUG